UCAAAUAAUUUGUAUGGAUUUGCCACUCAAUAUAAAUCUUUGCAAGGAUCAAGAUCUUUCUUCUUCAUAAUCAUCAACGUCAUGUGUAACACAUCAACAACAACAACAACCAACGGCAUGGCCGUGUCCGAGAGCCAGCAAUCUCAAAUUGGAGUCUUACUCGAUCUCUUCUCGUUCAAAACCUUCGAACGACACAUAAAGCGAAGUCUCCUGCAUUGCGACAACAGAAGAUCUCCACUUAUGUCCGAAGCUGUAACGGAGGCCAAAUCUCUCUUCACGCUCGCGUUUCCGAUCGCCGUGACGGCUCUAGUCAUCUACCUUCGCUCAGCCGUCUCCAUGUUUUUUCUUGGUCGUCUCGGUGACCUCGAAUUAGCCUCCGGUUCACUCGCCAUUGCGUUUGCCAACAUAACCGGUUACUCUGUUUUAUCCGGUUUAGCACUCGGAAUGGAACCACUCUGUUCUCAAGCCUUUGGUGCUCACCGCUACAAACUCCUCUCUCUCACCCUCCACCGAACCGUGGUUUUCCUCUUGGUUUGCUGCGUACCGAUCUCGGUUCUCUGGCUCAACUUCGGUAGAAUCUCGGUUUACCUUCACCAAGACCACGACAUCGCGGAACUAGCUCAGACUUAUCUCAUCUUCUCCCUCCCUGAUCUCAUUACAAACACUCUCCUUCACCCAAUCAGAACCUACCUUCGCGCUCAAGCUAUCAUUCACCCCGUCACUCUAGCAACUCUCUCCGGCGCCGUUUUUCACUUACCAGCUAAUCUUUUCCUCGUCUCGUACCUCCGACUCGGCCUAACCGGCGUUGCAGUCGCUUCUUCUCUCACCAACAUCUUCGUCGUUGCUUUCUUGAUAUGCUAUGUCUGGGCGAGUGGUCUCCACGUGCCCACGUGGACCAACCCGACAUGGGACUGUGUCCGAGGAUGGGCUCCUCUCCUCCGCCUCGCGGGACCGAGCUGCGUCUCCGUGUGUUUAGAGUGGUGGUGGUACGAGAUCAUGAUCGUUCUUUGCGGGUUGCUCGUGAACCCAAGGUCAACGGUUGCUGCUAUGGGAGUUUUGAUUCAGACAACGUCCUUUCUCUAUGUCUUUCCGUCUUCUCUAAGCUUCGCUGUCUCUACUCGUGUCGGGAACGAGCUGGGAGCGAACCGACCAAAGACCGCGAAGCUAUCCGCGACGGUGGCUAUCUUUUUCGCGUCGUUGACGGGGAUAACCGCGGCGGCGUUUGCUUACUCCGUUAGAAACGCUUGGGGAAGAGUUUUCACCGGAGACGACGAGAUUCUCCGGCUAACAGCGGCAGCGCUUCCGGUUUUGGGUUUAUGCGAGAUCGGAAACUGUCCUCAGACGGUGGGAUGUGGUGUCGUGAGGGGGACGGCACGGCCGUCUACGGCGGCGAACGUGAACCUCGGUGCUUUUUAUCUUGUGGGCAUGCCGGUGGCUUUGGGUCUCGGGUUCUGGGCUGGAGUUGGGUUUAAUGGGCUUUGGUUAGGCCUCCUCGCCGCGCAGAUUAGCUGUGCUGGUCUUAUGAUGUACGUGGUGGGGACUACAGAUUGGGAAACGGAGGCUAAGAAGGCGCAUACGGUAACGUGCGCCGAGACGGUAGAUAGUGAUCAUAUUAAGACGGUGGUGAAUACUGUAGGCGCCGACGGUGAGAGCGAUGAGGCUGAUUUAGAGCUCUUAUGCACACACCAAUUAACCUAG